AUGAGCAGUGGUCUUAACAGUGAAGUCCAUACCUCUGGCUCUGAGACCGACUGCUCGGCAAUAUUGGCUCAGAUCUUAGGCGGUCCUCCAACACAACGUUCUCCAUCUCCGCGUCGCACUCGUAACAGCAUUGACAUACCUGCACUGAGCGGUCUCGACACCAGUACCCGUUUUGCUUUCCAGGAGAUCAUUCGAAUGCACUGGGAUACGAAGCUCCUGUAUCUCGCACCAGAACUAUUGAAGGAGGGCAUUCCCGCUCUACGAGAACUAUGUGCUGGCCUCCCAGACGCCGAGACUCGGCUGAACCUAUUGCUUGAGGCACGCAGUCAGCCGGACCCGAACAAACACGACCAGCUGCUUCUCCAGUUCCUGAAGAAAAGUACCUCGGACGAGAUCCGAGCAAUCACAUUCGCACGGCGAAUGCGACUGGCCGAACAUCGCAUGGAGCAAAAGGCAAGACUGCAUGAAUGGCAGCUGCCGACUGUUUUCUGUCCUAAUCCCGCGUGCUACCGCCGUCUCGACGUUUUCGAGCAGGAAGCCGACUUCUGGAGGGACGAGUGCUACAACCUGCUCGGUGCCAUGAAACAUAUCACUUCCGAGUUGCAGGGACAUGUGCUGCCGGAAGUGGUGGAAUCAUUUGGGUCGACACGAGCCGUCGCCGAGGAGAACGCGCGGUUGGAACGACGCGUCAAUGCACUGGAACAGCUGGCGGUGGAGAAUGGCCUCGCCAUCGGUCAUAUUCCCAAGUACGUUGUAUGA